UUUCUUUUUUAAUAACAGUUUGUUUUGGUCUAUUGCUAUUGCUAAUUACAGAAGAGAUAAAUAGACUUUUUUUUUCUUAAAGAGACACAUUUAGAAUGUCCGAAGCCAAGAAUGCCAAGGCGUCUUCUUCUCUCAUUACUAAGCCUGCAAAUCUGGAGUGUAAAAAUCUCGAAGAAUAUCUUAAAUCUCGUCCUCCAGAAGCUUUAGAAAAGUUAUACAAUUACCCUGCCAUUUGUUUGGCAGUAUAUCGAGAGCUCCCGGAAAUAGCUCGUCAAUUCGUAAUACGGAUAUUGUUCCUGGAACAAGCUAUCCCACAAGCUGUGGUAACAUCAUGGGGAUCCCAGAUCUACGCAAAAGAGAAUAUAGUCGUAUCUCGUGUUUUGUCGGAUCUUGGAGUAUGGCGCAACAUUCCCAUACCGGGUGGCCUUGAAGGCCUAGAAUUAUGCCCGACUUUCAAAAAAAAUCUGAAAAUUGCACUUUUGGGUGGAGGUCGUCCCUGGUCGAUGAGCAAUGCCAUGGACCCAGAUCAAAAAUCUCGGGAUAUUGAGUUUCUGGACUCAUAUGCUAUGUCCCGAUGGAGAUGUGUUCUUCAUUACAUGGUUGGAGCGGGUAGUUCCAAAGGCAUGGAAGGUGAGGGAAUUUCACCGGAUGCCGUGAGGAUACUGUUGCAUGCUAAUUUAAUGAAACGCGAUGAAACAGAUGGAAGUCCGGUUAUUACCCGUCAAGGAUUCCAGUUUUUGUUACUCGAUAAUCAGGCACAAGUUUGGCAUUUUAUGCUACAAUAUUUAGAUACUUGUGAAGCCCGAGGGUUGGAUUUGGCCGAAUGUCUGUCAAUGUUAUUUCAAUUAAGUUUUUCUACGCUGGGGAGAGACUACAGUUCAGAAGGAUUGAGUCAAGGUUUGCUUACAUUUUUGCAACAUCUGCGAGAAUUCGGUUUAGUUUAUCAACGAAAGCGAAAAGAAGGACGAUUUUAUCCUACGAGAUUGGCACAUAAUAUUACAUCCAAGAACGCUAUCUCAACCAUUCAAGAAGAUGAGAGUACAACUCAUGACAAAGGCUAUAUCGUGGUAGAAACUAACUACAGAGCGUAUGCGUAUACAGAUUCCAAUCUUCAGGUGGCCCUAUUAGGUUUAUUCACCGAACUACUAUAUAGAUUUCCAAAUCUCGUGGUUGGUGUGUUAACCCGCGAUUCCGUGAGGCAGGCCUUCCGGGGUGGUAUUACAGCUGAACAGAUCAUCAGUUAUCUGGAACAGCAUGCACAUCCAACGAUGCUGAAUACGGAACAUACAGUCAAUACUAAAUCGCCACUACCGCCGACAGUAGUUGAUCAAAUCAAACUUUGGGAGAACGAACGCAAUCGAUUCACCUACACUGAGGGCGUGGUGUACAAUCAGUUCCUAUCGCAAGGGGACUUCAACACACUGCGAGAUUAUGCACAAUCAAUUGGCGUUAUGACCUGGCAGAAUGAACGCACUCGCACUAUGGUUGUCACCAAAAACGGCCACGACGACGUAAAAAGAUUCUGGAAACGUUAUUCGAAAGGAGGGAGCUAAACCACUUACUAGUUAGUUUCUCAAAAAGAAAAUAAAAUAUUUUCAAGUUU